GGAUGAAAUGUGGAGAGGGGAGCAGUGGGUGGAAGGCCCCUCGUUGCUGCGCCACUGGGAUGCAGAAACCCUCCUCCAGCGUCUCUCUCACGUGCGCGCCACUGUCAAUCAAUCGGGCGCGUCAUGAGUCUCAUUCACAGGUGAUAUCUAUUAGCCUACCUCAUAUGCUGUCAGGUGUCGCGUUUGCGGAUCAUCAGAGCGUUUCCGUACUGUGAGAGGGAUUUCUCGUAGCGAGCUGCAGUGGGUUUUGCAGAUGCCAUGUUGGAGCAGUAAGCUAACCAUGGCGGAAAAUCAUCUGGAGUACGGCUACCUGGAGGGCGAGUCCAUGGGGGAGCAUUUCGCCGAGGACCCGGUGGGUAUCAUUGUGUUGCAGUACGUGUAGAAGAUACUGCGAUCUCGUUUUGCCUUUUUAUGAAUACGCCAGCAAGACGACCGAACCAGUAUGCGCAAACAUAGCAGUGAAUCGUAUCACCAUUGAUACACGUUUUGUGCAGAGAAUGACAUGACUGAGCCAUAUCCUAAAUAACAUGCUGGAUGCAUGGUGCUAGUCAGGUGCACAUGUGGGUGAAGCGCAGAAAUAGUUGAAUUAGACCAUUACAGAUGUAUUGUCCUGAGACUUGAGGCCGUUUACAUGUGAGUCAAUGACCUAGUAUCCGGGGAGGCUUCUUAUUGUCUAGCGUUACCGAUGUCAACAUCCCUGUUAGUGUCUGAUGCUUUUUAAAGAUACUCAUGAUUUAAAAAUUAAGAAAAAAAAUAAUAGAGCUGAAAGAGUGAUGGCCAGGUGGUUCAAACGUCUUGUGUGCAUAAUGUUUUCAGAUAUUAAACCAGUGUGUAAAAAAAAAAACAUUGUUUGGAGUUCAUUCAGGUCAUGCAUAUUACUAUUUGUACACAUGGGUGAUGAAUUGAAAAAGGUCUUGCUUCUAGUCAUCUACUCUACUACAAACACUGUUCAUUCAGAAAGUAUCCUCUGGUUUGGUGACAUGAAAAUAAAUAAAUAAAGUUGAAAUCAAGUAGGGGAGACCAGGGCUUGUUGUCACAUGGGUAAGUUGUCACAUUGCAAUUAUCUGUGCCACCAGAGGGCGCAACUAAAAAUUAGAUCACCAGUUUUAUUCCUUUACGUGGUCAGAGGUCGUGUUCUGUCUGAGAAGAGAAGAGCACAAAGUGAGCUGAGACGAGCGCCAAUUAACCAUUUCGCACAACCCAAAGUAAAAAAAAACACAACAUAUAUUUUAAAAUAAGCUUCUUCCAGAUAAAAAGUGAUACAUUGAUACAUGUGGACUUGUUAGAGGACAGAUUAGGGCAUCCUGUCAUAGUUACCUCAUUGUUCUGUUUUAAGCUAACUUAAAGCUAGAGCUUUAAUUAGCAAACAUGGUAGUUUGGGGCAACAUGUCUCAGUCGUUUUGGGGUUAGUUGUCACAUGUUUAAAGGGAUUAAAAUUGACAUAGAGAGUCUGUUCAUCAGCAGUUUUCAUAAUGAAAUUUUGACUUUAUUAUUACAGAAAAAAAGUGGUUUAAAGGAGAGGAGAAAGUGAGAAGACAUGGUCAGGAUUAACAAAAGAAAAACAGAACAUGGCAGUGCAGUACCUGACGUGAUGCUGAGGGCAUUCAGGCAGGUGACCCGAGCUGAUAAAUCAAUCUGGACUACAAUAAAGGACUUUAAUGUCAACUACCAUACCUUAGCUCGGUACUGCGAAACAUUCACCGCAGCUGAAAUACAGAGUCAGACAGAUCUCCAAACUGCAGAGCAUGUUGCACAAUAUUUUAUGUUAAUGUUUGUUCAAUGAGUUUUUCUUUAGCUCAAUGAUAAACAUUUUCUGUGCCUGACUGAUGUUCACAUUCAUGUAAAAAAUGAGAACAAUGAUAAUUUUGUCUUUUGUUUUAUUAGCUGCAAAAUCCACUGACAUCUUACCCCAUGUAGUGAGACAACUUACCCAAUGGUGGGGCAACAUGUCACAUGUUCACACUCUCUAUUUGAUUGCUUAUAACUCUGCACUGAGACAUGAUAUGACAAUGACAUGAAUAUGAAAUAUAUACCUGAGACUUUGGUCUUUCAUCUGGUACACAUGUUGUUUGUAUAUGAUGUAUUGAUUCCAAGAAAUGAGUGUAGAAAGUGUGACAACAAGCCUUUUAUUGAUUACUUUGUUGGUGUUUUAGUUAAAUUCAUAUUGUUUCUGCAAUCAAUUAUUCGUGUUUACCUUUUAAAGUCUCAGUCUUCAGGCUCCAGUGUAGUAUUCUGCUUCUAGUCAACAGAAACUCACUGCUCUUCUCUCCAUUCUUGUGUGUUUCAGGAGCUGGCGGCCAUCAAGGCCAGAGUUCAGGAGCUAGAGAUGGAGGAAGAGACAGAGAGGCUAAAGGAGGAGGAGGAGAGGUGUGAUGCAGCAGAGAUGCAGCUCCUGACAAGCAGUCCUCGACCUGGUGAGAGAGCCUGGGGGUCUUCUCUACCCUAUGGUUUGUUAUUGUGUCAUAUCCUUGUAUGGCUUAACACUGAUUAUGCAUUUGGGAAGCCUCGACAGCGAGUUUUUGUCCAGGUGUGUAGAAUUGUGGCCUCCAGGCAGGUGAGGUAACUGCAUCCUUCACCAUCUGGCCAACACCUGGGACACUUCACAUGUGCCUCAUCACUGCCCAAUGAGACGAAGCAGCGAGCUCCACAGAACCAGAAGGGUCCUCCUUGCUGCCUGUGGCUAUUUUCUGCCUCUGUGCAUCUCCACAUCUCCUUCAAGCCCUCCCUUUCUUCCCCUUUUGGCUCCUCCUUAUUACAGAUGUAAUCAAGGGGGAGUAUGAUUCUUGUUUGAUAUGUGUUGUUUAAGAACGUACAAGAAAUUGAAUUUUAAAUGUCUGUUUUACUUUGUUGAGACUGUUUUUAUAUAUGCUGUGAAAAAUAGUUUUUUUUUUUUUUCUUCUAUAGGACCUUUCUACAAUAUGACCCCAGAGGAGAGGAUAGAUGCAGACAACAGAUCAGUCUAUGUGGGAAAUGUGAGUCUUAAAUAUCUUCAUUUUCUCCAUACUGAGCAUGUUGUCUUUUAACAUCUGGUCUGAUUCAUUAUUUGUGUACAAAUCCCAGGUAGAUUAUGGAGCAACUGCAGACGAGCUAGAGAUCCAUUUCAACGGCUGUGGCCCAGUGAACAGAGUCACAAUCCUGUGUGACCGGUUCUCAGGACAUCCAAAAGGGUAGGUUCAACUUUUAAAUGCAGUUUGAUCUUUUUAUUUCUGUCACACUGAGAAACGUAAUAUAUCAGUAAGUAUCCCAAGUGCCAAGAUUGCUUCCUCUUAUCACAGGUUUGCUUAUAUUGAGUUCUCCGAUCGGGAUUCGGUGCACAGUGCUAUAGGUUUGCAUGAGACCUUGUUCAGAGGAAGAGUCCUUAAGGUAAGAGAUCCUAGGAUAAGACUUGAGUUUGUCACAUGAUGGUGCAUGUAGUCCAUGUAGCAGACAGAAUCCUUGGUGCUGAAGUCAUUAGACUGAGUAAAUCCUUAUCAGUCAGUGAAGGAUAUUGUAGGUUGCUAAAAAUAAUUUCAGAGGUAUUACUAGUUUUUCUAAAUAAGAAUUAAAUGUCACAUGUAGCGUUGUCUAAUCUAAGUGUUUAAUGUCUAUAGGUGUUGCCAAAGAGGACCAACAUGCCAGGCAUCAGUACCACUGACAGAGGGGGACACAGAGGAGGACAUUCCAGAGGCGGAAGAGGCAGAGGUGGUUACCGUCCACCACGAUACCAGAGCAGCUCCCGCGGAAGGUUCAGGUACCAGUCAACCAGGCCGCAACACCAAACACCCCACCCUUACUAUGGAGGCCCCACAGUGGGGAAGAGACAGUGGGGUCACAUGGACUACCAUGAACAGGUGCCUAAACGUUAUCCUUGUCUUCUUCUCAUCACCCCACCAUCGGAGGAGUUGGGGGCCGGGUCAAGCGGGCAGCACUACCCUCACCAGCGCUAGCACCACCCACAGUGAACAUACAAGGAUGGGUGAAAAGAACUGAUUUUAAAGGAGUGUUUCCAGGCAUUAUUGAAUUAGGCAUCAUGUGCGAAAGGUGGAGAGGAUCAAUGAUUUGACUUUUUAAACUGCAUCCCUGCAUCAGUCGUUCAAAGUACAUGAGAUGUGAAAAAGAAGUCUGAAGUCUGGAGUCUGAGGUGUUGCAUUAGAAGCUUCUGUGAGUGCAUGGGAUAGUCUUCAAAUUGUUCAGCAGUUUAUGUCUCUUACUGUUUUUACAAAUUGAUGCGAAUCUGUGUUUCUGCCUGCAAUAUAAAUGUGAAUCCCCCCCUAUGUAUAACUUAAGUUCUUUGCUAUGUAAGUGAAUGAUUAAAUAAAACAAUGAUCCGUUAAAAUGACACACAA